AUGCCGCACCGGCGGCUGGUUGCAGAGUGGGUAGCGGCGUCCCUGAGCUCUGCGGUGCGGCGCCGAAUCACGCUCGUGCCGUGCCGCAGCAGUGUGCUGCACGGCGCCGCCGCCACUGCGGCGGUUGCAACGCAAAGGCGUGCAUACAUGCCGCUACCGAAUGAUCAAAGUGACUUCUCACCGUACAUUGAGAUUGAUCUGCCGAGUGAGAGCCGUAUUCAGGCGGUGAACAAGAGCGGCCUUGGCGCGCAGGAGUGGGUGGCGUGCGAGAAGGUACAUGGCACCAACUUCGGCAUCUAUCUCAUUCACCAGGACGACAAGGAGGUGGUGCGUUUUUCCAAGCGUAGCGGCAUCAUGGACCCAAAUGAGAAUUUCUUUGGCUAUCACAUACUCAUUGACGAAUUUACGGCACAGGUUCGCAUUCUGAGUGAUCUUCUUAAACAGAAGUACGGCCUGAGCAGGAUCGGCCGCGUGGUUCUCAACGGCGAGCUCUUCGGCGCCAAGUACAAGCACCCGCUUGUCCCUAAAAGCGAGAAGUGGUGCACGAUGCCUAAUGGAAAGCGUUUUCCGAUUGCCGGUGUGCAGAUCCAGCGUGAGCCAUUCCCGCAGUACAGCCCCGAGCUUCACUUCUACGCCUUCGACGUCCGGUACUCCGUGAGCGGGGCGGAGGAGGACUUUGUACUACUCGGCUACGAUGAGUUCGUGGAGUUCUGCAGCAAGGUGCCGAACUUACUUUACGCCAAGGCGCUGGUGCGUGGGACGCUGGACGAGUGCCUUGCCUUCGACGUGGAGAACUUCUUCACGCCGCUGCCGGCACUGCUAGGCCUCGGCAAUUACCCGCUGGAGGGCAAUCUCGCAGAGGGCGUCGUCAUCCGCCACGUGCGCCGCGGCGACCCGGCGAUUGAGCGGCACAACGUUGCUACGAUCAUGAAGCUGCGCUGCUCGAGCUUCAUGGAGCUGAAGCACCCGGGCAAGCAGAAGGAGCUGAAGGACACAUUCAUCGACACGGUGCGAGCGGGCGCCUUGCGACGCGUGCGCGGCAAUGUGACGGUCAUCGCGGACUCGAUGCUGCCACAGGUGGAGGCGGCGGCGAACAACCUGCUGCUCAACAACGUGAGCGACGGUCGGCUUAGCAACGUUCUCUCCAAGGUCGGGCGCGAGCCGCUGCUGUCCGGCGAGGUGUCGCAGAGUGAUGUGGCGCUCAUGCUCGCUAAGGACGCGCUAAAGGAUUUCCUCAAGGAGGUGGACGCUCUGGUGCUGAACACGAGCCUCGCCUUCCGCAAGGCGCUCAUCUCGAACGCCUACUUCGAGUCAAGGCGGCUCGUGGCACAGAAGUGGAAGGAGUUAGUGCGUGAAGAGGCGGCCGCACAGAAGGAGGCGGACUCUGCGGCGCUGCAAGAGACACAACCGAGCGUGUGA